AUGGAGGCUAAAGCUUUGAUUCCUGAGGACGAUCUGUGUUGCUCUGUAUGUUGUGACAUUUUUAAAGAUCCUGUUCUCCUGAAAUGCAGCCACAGCUUCUGUGGAGCGUGUCUGAAGCAGUGCUGGGAACAGAAGGGCUCUCGAGUGUGUCCCAUGUGCAGGAGAAAGGCCUCUAUGGAUAAACCUACUGCAAACCUGGCCUUAAAAAACAUUGUGGAGUCUUACUUAAAGCAGAAGACUAAGAGAGAAACUACAGACAAGACUGACGCUCGCUGUAGUCUUCAUGGAGAGAAACUUAUUUUAUUCUGUGAACAUGACAAAGAGCCUCUCUGCCUCGUCUGUCAGACUUCAAAGAAACACAGAAACCACCCGGUCUGUCCAGUGGAAGAGGCCGCUCUGGAGCUGAAGGAGGAACUCAAGCCUGCACUCAGUCUUAUUAAAGAAAAACUGAAGAAGUUUACGGAGGUUGAACAAGGAUGUAAGAAGACAGCAAAGCACAUCAGGAGUCAAGCCCAGCACAUAGAGAGGCAGAUAAAGGCAGAGUUUGAGAAGCUCCACCAGUUCCUGCGUGAGGAAGAGGAGGCCAGACUAGCUGCACUGAAAGAGGAAGAGGAGCAGAAGAGUCGGAUAAUGGAGGAGAAGCUAGAACACAUCACUGGAGACAUCUCCACCCUUACAGACAAAAUCACAGCUAUAGAGACGGCCAGGGCGACCGAAGACACCUCCUUUUUAAAGAGCUACAAGAACAUCAAGGAAAGAGCCCAGUGCACACUGCAGGACCCAGAGCUGCUCUCAGGGGCGCUGAUAGACGUGGCCAAACACCUGGGCAACCUGACUUUCAGAGUCUGGGAGAAGAUGCUGGGGAUAGUGCAGUACACUCCUGUGAUGAUGGACCUCAACACUGCACAUGCCUAUUUCUUUCUCUCUGAUGACCUGACCACUGUGAGAGACACAGGUACAGUGCAGAACUGUCCUGACAACCCAGAGAGGUUUUACCUCUGUGGGUGUGUGCUGGGAUCUGAGGGGUUUACCUCAGGGAAACACAGCUGGGAGGUGAAGGUUGGGAAUACACGUGAGUGGAGUGUAGGAGUGGUGAAAGAGUCCAUCAACAGGAAGGGAAAUAUAACAUGCAGCCCAGGGGAAGGAUUCUGGGUCAUAAUGCUGAGGAAUGGUGAUGAGUACAGUGCAGCAGGAGCUGCUGACCUCACACUGGAGAGGAAACCCCAGAGCAUCAGGGUGCAGCUGGACUAUGAUGGGGGGGAGGUGUCCUUCUUCAACUCCAGUGACAUGUCACUCAUUUACACUUUUAAAGACACAUUUACUGAGAGGGUGUUCCCAUACUUCUCUCCCAGUUUGAGAGUUGGUGGUAAGAACGAUGGACCCCUGCAGAUCUGCCCAGUGAAAGUCUCUGUAACAGUGAUGUCAUCCCAGUGA